AUGAAAGAAAAUCUCGAUCAAAUAGACAGAUCACUGCUGCGUGCGCUUCAACGGGAUGCACGUUUGUCGCAACGCGAAUUGGCAGAAACUGUCGGCCUUUCCCAAAAUGCCUGCUGGCGGCGGCUCAAGACACUUUACGAAGGUGGAUUGAUUGAGGGACACACGAUCAGGCUGGACCCGGCACGCCUUGGUCUCAACCUCACCGUCUUUGUCAUGAUCCGAACAAGACAUCACUCCAAGGACUGGCUCGCGACAUUCCGGAAGGAAGUCUCGGCCAUUCCCAACGUAAUAGAUUUUUACCGGAUUGCUGGCGAUUACGACUACAUGCUGAAAGUCGUGGCCGAGGACAUGAAUGCCUUUGAUCGCGUUUAUCAGCGGCUGAUCGAAAAAGUCGAUCUGGACACAGUCACCUCCUACAUGACCAUGGAGGCGAUCGCGGACGCCCGCGAUCUGCCGAUUUAG